AUGUCCAAAUACGAAAAAUCUACUCGAUUCGACGAGCGUGAAGUCCGUGACUCCCGCAAAGACCGUCACGAUCGUUCCGAGAAGGACCGUGAUACUCGCCGCAGCCGUCGUCACAGAUCUCCAUCUUACGAUUCAUACUCAGACUCCGAUGAUUACUCCUCGGACUCCUCUCGCGGUCCAUCCCCAAACCGUCGUCGCCCAACAAGACGUCAUACAUCUGCCGCACAACCAGCACAUGCACAUUCUGAUGGCGAAGAUAAAGGAUACAGAAAAUCACGCGGUCGCGACCGUCGAGGUCAUGAUUCGGACUACUAUUCCGACCGAUCCCUCAGCCGAUCCCGAUCACGGGAAAGAGUAAAGGGAAAUAUCGUAGAGGAUCUACUUUCUGCUAUCGGUGUGCUACAAUCUAAACAUAAAGACGACAGAAGCCACAGCCGAUCCGCUGGAGCUAGCGGUCCAGAGGACGAAGCUAGAAAAAAGAAAACCCGUGAAGCUCUACAAGCUGCACUUACCGCUGCGGCUAUGGAAGCUUUCAGGACAAGAAAAGAUGGAAAAAUUACACCUCAAAGACUUAUGCAGAUUGCUGGCGCAGCUAUCGCAGCGGGUGGGUUGGACGUUUUGGUAGAAAAGGCCGGCAGCCUUGGGAAUGGCAAGAGCAGUGGGGAGGGUGGUAGCAUGAGGAGCCUUAUCGAGUCCGUGGUUGGUGGUCUCGCGACCAGCAAGACUUUGGGUGGCAAGGGGGGCAAGCAUGGUGCUCGAGGUGAGGAAAGUCUUGGAGCUAAGAUUGGCUCUGGAGUCGUCAACAUGGCGGCCAAACAUUUGGCGAGAAGUUUGAGCCAGGGACCAACAAGGAGAAAGACUACAAGAUAUUAG